CCACAUCCUGGGCUUGGGGGGCAGCUCUCCCGAGCUCCUCUGUGCCAGGCACAAUGCCUGGUUCACUCCUGUUUAAUCUCUUCACCAACCCUGGGAGAACAGCCUUCUGAGGAGUCCGCCCCCGGCUUUCAGCCGAGCUUGUGCCAAAGAUAAACCAGACAGCGAGGAAGAGUCCUUCCCUCCCCAAAAUGAGCUGAUCACGCCCAGGAUUCCACUCCUUCCAGAAAAGACGGCACAGAAAUUGCAGGCCACUAGCUGACCGUUGCCCGGCUUCCCUUGGCUAUGGACACCCCUGGCUAUCCUUCACUGGUGCCCACGACCUCGGACCCGGGGAACAGCUCCUUGUCCUGGCUCCUGGAUGUCACUCCGGGCAACGCCUCCUCGGGCGCUAGCCCUGCAGGGCUGGCCGUCAGCGGUGUUUUGAUCCCUCUGGUCUACCUGGUGGUGUGCGUGGUGGGGCUGCUGGGCAACUCGCUGGUCAUCUACGUGGUCCUGCGGCACACGGCCAGCCCGUCGGUCACCAGCGUCUACAUCCUCAACCUGGCGCUGGCCGACGAGCUCUUCAUGCUGGGGCUGCCCUUCCUGGCCGCCCAGAACGCCCUGUCCUACUGGCCCUUUGGCUCCUUCAUGUGCCGCCUGGUCAUGGCGGUGGACGGCAUCAACCAGUUCACCAGCAUCUUCUGCCUCACGGUCAUGAGCGUGGACCGCUACCUGGCCGUGGUGCACCCCGCGCGCUCCGCCCGCUGGCGCACAGCGCCCGUGGCGCGCACCGUCAGCGCGGCCGUCUGGGUGGCCUCGGCCGUGGUGGUGCUGCCCGUGGUGGUCUUUUCGGGGGUGCCGCGCGGCAUGAGCACCUGCCACAUGCAGUGGCCCGAGCCGGCGGCCGCCUGGCGGGCGGGCUUCAUCAUCUACACGGCGGCGCUGGGCUUCUUCGGGCCGCUGCUGGUCAUCUGCCUGUGCUACCUGCUCAUCGUGGUGAAGGUGCGCUCGGCGGCGCGCAGGGUGCGGGCGCCCUCGUGCCCGCGGCUGCAGGCGCCCUCGUGCCCGCGGCGGCGGCGCUCGGAGCGCAGGGUCACGCGCAUGGUGGUGGCGGUGGUGGCGCUCUUCGUCCUCUGCUGGAUGCCCUUCUACGUGCUCAACAUCGUCAACGUGCUGUGCCCGCUGCCCGAGGAGCCCGCCUUCUUCGGCCUGUACUUCCUGGUGGUGGCGCUGCCCUAUGCCAACAGCUGUGCCAACCCCAUCCUCUACGGCUUCCUCUCCUACCGCUUCAAGCAGGGCUUCCGCAGGGUCCUGCUGCGGCCGUCCCGCCGCGUGCGAAGCCAGGAGCCCGCGGCCCCCGAGAAGACGGAGGAGGACGAAGAGGAGGAGGGAGAGGAGGAGGAGCCGGGAGGGAGGAAAGGCCAGGAGAUGAACGGCAGGGUCAGCCAGGUGGCGCAGCCCGCCACCAGCAGGCAGGAGCAGCCGCCCGGCAGAGUGGCCAGCAAGGAGCAGCAGUUCCUGCCCCAGGAGCCCUCGGCGGGGGAGAAGUCCAGUACCCCACACAUCAGCUACCUGUAAGGGUCCUGGGAGGAAGGGCGGGGCCUGCGGCAAGCCGAGGGCAUCCUGUCUGAGGUCUCAGAGGCCCGCCAUGGGACGUUCAGAGGCCUGCAGUGAGAUCCCACUGCUGGGUGGCUCUGGCAGGUCGCUCACCCUCUCUGGACCUUAUUUCCUUCUCUGUAACUCAGGGGUGGGAAUACUGAGCCUGGAUGAGCACUGUUAGAUUGAGGGGUCUGGAGGCGAGGCUACUGGGCUGACCUUCUUGAGUGGGGCCCAGGUUAGGGGGCUCUGCGCCUCUCCCUCAGAGAUGGAGCCUCCUGGGGAUGACAAACCAGGCCUGAACUUUCUGGGCUCACACUCAGGGAUGUGGGAGAUGCUGGGGAGCAGACAGGAGCCCCAACAGAAGAAGUCAAAGUCUGGGGGAGGGGAAGUGGAACUGCUCAGGCCCCAGGUCAGUUCUCCCUGGCCCUUGAGGCCCCCUUUAUCUCUGGCCUCACAUGCUGCCAACUCAGUGACCUCCAGGCCCUUGUGGCCCAAGUGGUCAGCGCGGGACCGCGCCUGCUGCCGAGCGAGAGGAGAGGAGGCAGAUUUUCCAGGAAGUCCAGCUUCAGGGUGUCUUGCUGCCUGGGCCCUUUUGAGGCCCGGGUCUAAUCUUGUCCUUGUGAUUUUAUAUUCCUUUUCUUGGAGAGGGACUCCAAGCUUGGGCCACCCAGAGCCUAGCGGGGUCCUGUUGAGGUCAGCCACUGACUUCAGGCAGCUCACUGUAGGGGCUCCAGAGCUGCCCAGGUCGUGGAGGGCUGCAGGCAUCUCCUACAGGACCAGCCCGUCCUCCUCCUUUUGACCCGUGUCCCCUCACAGACAAGACGGACAUGACCCACACAGAUGGCACAGGAAGGCAGAGUUUCUAUGGAGCAGAGCUGGGAGGGUCACAGGGGAGGUUAGGGGAGAAGAGGAAGAGGGGGAGGGACAGGAAGAGAAGGAGGAGGACAGGUCUGUUUUGGGACCUUGGAGCCAUCCUUGGCCCCUCUGGGCUGGACCGAGGCCCUGGGAAUGGAGCUGGCCCCCAGGGGCAGCGGGAAGGUUGGAGAACUUCUGCAGGCUGGGGGAGCCGGCCUCUCUGUUUUCUGUAUUCCUGGGGGGAAUACAGGGAGCAGCCGCUGUCCAGGUCCCUCUCAGAGCUGACCCUGUAGGGCCACCAUGAGGCUGGCCCUGGGGAGGGUGAUCCUUCUACUAAGCUCCCCCCUCGCCCCCACAGAGGGCAGGCGCUCCUCAGGGAAAACACAGGAGCCAGGAGAGUGGAGACCUGGUCUCUGGCUCACCUCAGGACCCUUACUGGCCUUAACCUCUCUGGGCCUCAGUUUCCCCAUCAUGAAACAGAGGUGACAUCCAGUUUGCUGCCUGCUGGGAUCUGGAGAGACAAACAAGUGAGUGGGUGGGUUACCGAGCUCCUGCCAGGGGCACCUUGGAUCAUGAAGCGGGCGCACCUCCCACCCCAGGGCUGGCCUGCACCCCUCCUCUUUUAGCAAGUGGCCUCUGUAUUGGGCUAAGAACACCUUAGGCCACGAAGAAUGGGGAUUAGGAGGCCAGAGGUCAAGGGUCAGGGAGGCAGGGCUAGGAGAAGGGAAGUUCCCACACCCAGACCUCCUGGCGGUUGGAGGUCAAACACCCAGCUCUGGGGCUUGGUCUGGGGUUCCCCUGAGGAGAAUCUGAGGGUCUUCCCUGGCUGACUCUGCGCCCCAACUCCUGGCGCAGGUCAGCAAUGGGGAUGGGGACUGGUUAAGACAUCUUUUACUACUUCUGCCCCUAGCACUUGUCAAUAAAGACGGUGACACAUGACAAGA